AUGGACCCGGAAAAGGCAGCCGACCGCCACCAGCACGGCGACGACAACCACCACAUCGACAAGAACGAUUACCUCCCGGCCCCGGAGCCCGACUACGGCAACUAUGACUACCCGCUCCCCAGCAAGACCGAGAGCGCGGCCCACGACGGCGCCGCCGCGGCCGUCGGCAACGACCUGAUCCCCUCCGUCUCCAACGCCAUCGCCGGCGCCGGCGGGAACCACAACUACUACGGCAACAACAACGAGGCCACGGGAGAAAAGGGCAGCAACUACCUCAACCGCUCGCCCUCCAACGCGACCGCCACCACCGCCGCCGAGGAGGAGUCGUACCCGGAGGGCGGCCUGCGCGCGUGGUCCGUCGUCCUGGGGUCCUGGCUGGCGCUCUUUUCGGCGCUGGGCAUCAUGAACAGCAUCGCCGUGUUCCAGACGUACGUCGCCACGCACCAGCUGCAGGGGUACCGCGAGGGCACCAUCGGCUGGAUCUUCUCCGUGUACACCUUCCUCUGCUUCUUCGGCGGCAUCUACAUCGGUCCCGUUUUCGACCGCUGGGGUCCGCGGUGGUUGGUGUUGUCGGGCACCGUGUGUCUCGUCAUCGGGGUUAUGCUGUUGAGCAUCUGCACGUUCUACUGGCACUUCAUGCUCGCCUUCGGCAUCCUCUGCGGCCUCGGCUCCUCCCUCGUCUUCACCCCCUCCAUCGCCGCCGUCGGCCACUGGUUCAAGCGCCGCCGCGGCUUCGCCACCGGCAUGGCCUCCACCGGCGGCUCCAUCGGCGGCAUCGUCUUCCCCCUCAUGAUGCAGAACCUCUUCCCCCGCAUCGGCUGGGGCUGGACCAUCCGCGCCGUCGCCUUCAUCUGCCUCCUCCUCUGCGGCGCCUCCAACUUCCUCAUCCGCUCCCGCCUCCCGCCCGCCCGCAACGCCUCCCCGCACCCGGACUUCCGCAUCUUCCGCUCCACCGCGUUCAGUCUCACCACCGCCGGCAUCUUCCUCAUGGAGUUCGCCCUCUUCAUCCCGCUCACCUACAUCUCCAGCUACAUGCUCUCCCGCGGCUUCGGCGAGUCCUUCGCCUUCCAGAUCCUCCCCAUCCUCAACGCCGGCAGCGUCCUCGGCAGGGCCCUGCCCGGCUGGUGGGCCGACGUCGCGGGGCCCUUCAACAGCAACAUGGCCGCCAUCGUGCUCUCCGUCGUCGCGUGCCUGGGGGUGUGGCUGCCCGCGGGCGGGAGCACGGCCGGCGUCGUGGUGUUCGCCGUGCUCUUCGGCUUCGCGAGCGGCAACAACAUCAGCAUCUCGCCCGUGUGCGUCGGCCGGCUGUGCAAGACGCAGCACUACGGCCGCUACUACUCGACCACGUACACGUGCGUCUCGGUCGCCUGCCUCGUCGGCAUCCCCAUCGGCGGAGAGCUCAUCACGGCCGCGGGGGGCAGUUACCACGGCCUCAUCAUCUUCACGGGCCUGGUGUACGUCUUGGCGCUGGCCGCGCUGCUCGCUGCGAAGAUUGUGUGCGUCGGCAAGAACAUCUUUGCUGUUUUCUGA